AUGAGUCUCACUUCGGAGACAGUACUCGAGGCACCUAGGCGCUCAAACCCGACUCCAAAUGCCGCGGGCACUCUUGCAGUGUAUACUCAAAGCACGUACUCUUUUCGCUCUCAAACAGAGAAGAAGGAGAUCCGCGUUGUGGAUCUUGCGACUGGUCGAUCGUAUUGUGUCACUGAGAAUCCCAACGCCAGAUCACCUCAAUGGGUAUCAAGAAGUAAUCAGCUGAUAUGGCUUGAAUGGCUGGAAAGCGGAAACACUGACUUGGUGGUCGGCGACGCACAGUGCAAGACCACUGAGAACUAUAAAGCCGGCACAGUCCCCGGCCAAGCCUUUGACCUUAAGGUGACCGGGCAGCUGCCGUUCCGAGAGGACGACGAGAAUGAACUUGCGUUUGCGAUCAGUGGCAGGGCGAAUCCAGAUGGUUCUCUAGUCAAUCCAAAACAAAUCGCGGAAUUCACUGGCCACAGCACUGGCCGUUUCUACCCGACCUUCCCUGUGAGAGAUGAAAGUUCGUAUGUAAGCGGAUUAAAGAACUCCAUCUGGUAUGGAUUUCUGCAAAGAGAAUCUAGGCCAGGGAGUCGGUAUAGUAUCUCAGGAAUCUCUAAUCUCAUGAUAUUUGCGGGACUAGAGGGGUUGGAGUCGCCCAUCUCACCUCUGGGAGGGGAAGAGAGCUCACGUGAAUUUGAAAUUCUCCCCUUUGCCAUGGUAUUUGUUGCCAGGGACAGAGAAGUCAACAGUGCUACUCAUACAGCAUGCUCGUGCUAUUACCAACCCGUGGAACGCUGGGAUAAACAGAACAGAGACCCUAUCUAUCAAGUAUGGCGGUAUAAGGGAUUAGGAGGGGCAAUAUCGUCACUUGCAGUGGACAAGUCAGAUGAAAAUCGACCAAUCGCCUUCCUAUCUCAGAAAAUAGAUGGAAACAAGGCAGACAAAAAUCGCAUCAUAUACAUACCGGCUCCAGGAAGUUAUGAUGUGUAUGAGGUAUUCGCAUCUGCUGAUGGCAACGGACUAUGGGAUCUUAGCCCGUGCGCCAUCUCAUUUGGGAACAACCGUACGCUUCUUAUCCAGACAGAGCAGAGUGGGCGCGUGAUGCUAUAUCACCUUAAACUUGGCCGUUACUGGGAGGGGUUGCGUCCUGCGGCGUUAAGUCUGGUUGAUCCAUGGCGUUUUGGAUCUAUUGCGCAUGUAACACCGGUGCGAUCAGAUUCACCGAGAAUUCUGAUCACUCACAGCAGCUUAGUCGAGACCCCUACAUGGAAUAUCUUUGACCUAGCCGCUCCGACCGAGUCUCCAAAGGUAUUGUCUGCAAGUCGCGCAAUAGAUCUGGGGCUCUCUAAGGCACAAGUCAAUUCGAUUUGGUUCGAUAGCACAGGGAAUCGCAGAAUCCAUGCCUGGGUGAUCAAACCAUCCAACUUCGACCCACAGCAACGAUACCCACUGGCGUACUUCAUCCAUAGCGGCCCCCAGGGUGCAUGGAACAACCAGUGGAGUGUCCAAUGGAAUCUGGCAUUGUUUGCAGAGCAUGGCUUUGUUGUUGUUGCGCCCAACCAGGCAGGAAGCUCUGGGUUUGGGCAAGCUUUCAAAGAUUCCAGCCAAUGUUCCUGGGGAGGGCUACCUUACACAGACCUUGAGCGAGGCUUUGAAUAUCUGCAACAAAAUGAGAGCCUUCAAUACAUCGACACUACUCGCGCCGUCGCGGUUGGUGCUGGGUACGGGGGAUACAUGGUUAACUGGAUCCAAGGCCACGAGUUUGGCCGUAAAUUCAGGGCCCUGGUGACACAUGAUGGAAUUUUUAGUAUGACCUCGCAAUUAGCUAGCAAUCGGCAGCAUUUUAUCAACGAAAUUGGAGGACCUAUUUGGGAAACUCCUGAUAAGUGGAGGAAAUGGGAUCCAGCACAAUUUACAGCGAGCUGGCAAACUCCACAUUUGGUCAUCCACUGUGAGUUGAAUUACAAAAGAGUCAUCGCUGAUGCAUUAGCUGCUUUUAAUGUUCUCCAGCUCAGAGGCGUGAAUAGUGCGCUCUUGGUGUUUCCGGACGAAGGUGAUCCAAUUAUAAAUCCGGAAAAUAAUUUGCUUUGGUAUCGCACUGUGAUUGAGUGGAUGAGAAAGUACACUGCUCAGAAACCUGAUGAUUAUUGA